AUGACGAAUUGGCGAGGAAUAAUAGUUUUGAAAGAUCCUUUAAGUCUGACGAUAAACCAGCAGUUGCUGUGGGAACUCAAGCCUCAAACUGUGAUUGAGUUUGGUGCCUACAAGGGUGGCUCGGCUUUGUGGACAGCUGACAUGUUAAAGAUAUUUGAGUGCCAGUCACGUGUCAUUUCAAUUGAUAUCGAUUUGUCUUUAUUGGAUGCUACAGCCAGAAGUUCCCCACAUGUGGAGUUUAUUGAGGGAGAUUUGCUUCAAGUUGAAAAAUGCUUGCCAGAAGAAUUUUUAAAGGUACUUUUAUAAAUGAAACGCCAUUUGUGGAGGUUACAUUCAAAGUGCUAUACUCAAGGAACACCAAAUCCUUUUUACCGUUGUUUUUAACUUGCUAAGGUAUCAAGAUGCAUCAACAUUACCAAAUAGAGGGUAGUUUUCUACGUAUAAUAAGAAAAUCAUACGCGCUUUAGGAGUGUAUUGUCUGCUUUGCAUUCUCCGAAAUUUUAUGUGUUUCAAUUUUCCUUUUUGCCUCCUGCACCAACUAACUGCUUUCAUCUUACCUCUUACAGUUCGAUAGAUUCUUUUCGUUCGUCGUUAAAACGGUUUGAGCUCACUUUUCUUACAAGCCUCUGUUCAUGGUUUGAAGCCAGGAGAAUUUAGUUUGGCAUGUUUGGUCAGCAUCCUCGGAGACCCAGGGGCAGUCAGUCGGGUCGGGAGAAAAGGCGGGACGAAAGUUUUCAACUCCGGGCGAAAGAGCCCCUGGGUACGGACUCUCAUUGAAAUAUUUCCAAAAAUUCGAGCGCAUACCUGCUCCUGAUUGAGCACAAAAAAUGCUUUGUAUUAUUGUACCCAAUCGGCGAACAGUUUCUCCUGAGUUUUUUCGUGAGUUCGUACACGACGGCUAUUGUCUUGCCACACUUGCCCGGUUCGUUCACCAAGCUUGUGCGUGCAAGGAAAACUUUUAGUUUCUACUUUCCUAACCAGAAACAAAGGAACUACCGAUGAGUCGAAAAAACGUUUGGGAUGCCAUCAGCAGGAGCACAGGAGCAAUUCAAUUUACUCCGAGAAUAUUCUGUUUUUGACUCAUCACAACAUAUCGUAAAUAAUUGGAAGUUUACAGCGGUGAUUAUAUUGGCGUGAACACCUAAAAUAUGUCUGGAAUGUUUAUUGUGUUGCAACCAAUUACAGACGAGAUCAUCACACCACAGAAACCACAGGCAACGAACGGUUUCCGAUCGGUCAUGGAACAAAUUAUUUUCGUUUUGUUUAAGGAUACAAAUUGCCUUACUAGGAAUUUAAAACACCGCUGUUCCCCAAGAUCAGUGUCGAGGACCGCAUCCAGUACAUCGUUCGAUUUUAGAAAGAAAAGUUUUAGAAGCCAACGCGACGCGACGGCGACCAGCUUUCCAUGUAACGACAUAUCACAUGAAGACAAUAAAAAAUGAACAAUUGUGAUGUUUUCGUUUCUGAUAGCACAAUCCUUGCUGAUAUUUUUUUGUAGAACAAGGGGAUUCGAUUUGCGUGAACUAACGAUUGAACCUUCAUUGACUAUCAACUACCUACGAUCAGGCGUAACUACCGAUUCCUAUCGUUACAAAAAGUUUGAAAACUCGCGCGCCAAACCGUCGCGUGCGUAGGCCCGGCACAUCGGCUUUGUAAUUUAUUUCAAAAUCGCUCAAACCUGUAUUCUUCGCUAUUAUAGCAAAUACUGUAAACAAAUAGGAAGGAAAAGCAAUUGUUUACUUGUAAAAAGACUGAAUGUUAAAACAAAAUGAAAAUAAUUUGUUCCGUGACAGAUAGGAAACCGUUCGUUGCCUGUGGUUUCUGUGGUGUGAUGAUCUCGUCUGUGAUUGGUUACAUCACAAUAAACAUUCCAGACAUAUUUUAGGUGUUCACGCCAAUAUGAUCACCGCUGUAAGAUGUGGCGGCGACGAGAAAGUUAAAUUAGCAACAGCUUGACAAGGCAAAAAAAAAAAAAUUUGCACGUGCAUCGCGCUUUUUUGUACAUUUCUUUGGCGUCAACUGCACGACUACCUGGGAAAAUGCCUAAUCAGUCAUGUUUUGUGAAGGACGUUAACAAGCAAUGACAAAAUUCAUUCUCUUCAUGAACUUGGAUAUGGCUGAUAGAAAUUCAGCUCCAGAAGAGUUCGCUUGCAUUUGGCAAAGUAAGUUUAUUAGUAACUUUCGUUCAAGCGGAUGUAAAGCUCGUUUUUGUUGAAAACAUGUAAAAGACUAAUGAAGGCUAAUCUUAACUUGCAAAGCGAUCAGCAGGGGCCUUGCCAGCGGAAUUGUGUACUGAUCAUGCGCUUUACGUCAAAAACCAUAGAAAACACUGGGGUCGAGAAUGAGGUCAACGGUUUUGAGAAUGAACAAAAACAUGGCGGUCCAAGGCGGGACUGUUUCUCAUUAUUAUAUUUUUGGUAAUUCGCAAAUUUAUUGAUUUUAUGUCGCUUUUCAGACAUAGUGUGUGGUUUUCGUUUUCUGUUAAACAAUUUCCCUCUGCAGAGUUUGGAAUAUACAACAUAUAGCUGCGCAUAGCUUAUCGCUGAUAAUAACCACCGAAGAGCUGAGCUAUCGAGCAGUGUUUUGCUGCAAACCUUAGCAAAGUUAAGGUCACUUCAAGGUACAGAGCUUUCAGUAGUAGUUGUGAUAUGUUUAUUAGGAUCGUUUUGAAUCUCAACUUUGAAUUCAAGGUGUUGACUGAUCGUAAUAAACGAAGUGAAAUGUUAUACCGUGAAUGUUUAUGCAGGUAUGAUAGCUCAUAUUUAUAAGGCUCUCUCGAAUAUACUUACUUCCGAUAAAUUUGACACUUUCUCCAGUAAUUUUUAUCAGCAUCAUAACUUCUAUAAUUUUCUGAUGUCCUCGCCCGGCAAAAACGAUGUAACCUAAAAUCGAUCGAGCGCGUUGUUGUUGGUUAAGAUCUAAAACGGCUACCUGCGUUUUAGUUUCCCCUGCAAUUUCAGUACCAAAAGACAAAUAUGUUAUGCAAGAAAAACAAAGAUGCACGAUAUUACUGUUUUUAUUUUUUGAACCAUUUCCUCUGCCGGUUCGCUUCUCUCUUCUAUCAAAAUAUUUAUUGUGGGAAAAAUACUGCCAUUAUCCGCUGAUCACCACGCAGGGUGACCGCUUUACAAGUUGUGAGAACAUCGUUUCUCGGUCCCAGACCUCGUCUCUUCUCCAAGUCCCCCCCCAACGCUGCCCCCCUGCUUAUCAACUUUUUAGCAAGUGCCCAGCUUCAUUACUCGUCUCGUUCUGGUGCCGCGCAUCUAAUCAACAAAAUGACCCAAUUGUACUUUUACAGAAAUUUUAUAAUUAGCAAUCACUGGAGGCGGUAAAGUAUGAUCUAAAGAAUUAGAGAGAUUGAGGAGCGUUAUCCUCCGAUUAGGCCGAGAUCUCCAUAAUUCUUCAGAUCAUAUCGAAGUCGAAUCCAAUAAUUGUUUUUUACUCAUUCACAAUAAUUCACAGUUUAAAAACAAGGCUAACCUGAGAUCAGGCCCAAUUUUAGCGGUUCUCAUACAUUCUCUCUAACGGCUACCAAGGAAAAUUGAUCCUGAUCUCAGGUUAAAACAAGGCAUGCCUACCUCGAUCGAUGUUAAGUUUCCAUCUUCUUUUGCCUGUUUCUCGGUAAGGCCGGGAGAUUAAGGGAUGGUUAGUUCUGCAGAUAUUCUCCAAAUAGUGAAUGUCGUCCUUGGAAUUGUAUUCUUGUUGUUCUUGCUAUGUAUUUAGGCAGUAAUUAAAUUUCCCACCACAACAACGCAACCUCACUCCCCAGCCCUUUUUGGUUGCUGUCCAUUUUCUGGCAUUUAUGCUGUACUCUUGACGUCAUUUUUCACAUAUCGCAAACGUCUUUCAAAUUUGGUCAACGUUAUCUGGUUGUGAAGAAUAAGCCGUGGGGUUUGAGUAAAUCAGAAAAAGAGAAAUUUAUGAAUGAAUAAUAAUGUAUCUUAACCAGAAAUCAAGUUCCAUAAGUCAACAAAAUAUACAUGUUUUAGUGAGUGCGUAUUACUUUUAGAUUUUCUUCUGUCCAGUUAUGAAACUUGCUUUCACUAUAGGACGCCAGUACAACCAUCCAAACUUCAAAUAAGUUAUUAUGGUUUCCUUCACAGAAUCUAAGUCAUCCGUGGCUUCUAGUAGAAGACGCACACGUAAAUAUGAUUGGCGUAUUGGAGUACUUGGACAAAUUCUUGCAACCUGGGGACUACAUCUGCGUCGAAGAUACGAAUCCACGAAUUCCCAUGAAGGCUGGACAAGGACUUGUAAAAGAACUCGGCUAUGGGCUCUUUGGUCCCGCCAAGAUGAACACCCUCAGGAACUUCUUGAUGGAUCACCCGGGCAAAUACUUGGUGGAUACAAGAUACACCGACAUGUUUGGGUAA